AUGCCACUCCACGCUAUCAUAAAUGAGUUGGCGAAAGACCUCCAGGUACUUUACAAGUACCAAAAAUUUAAAACCAAAAACGAGGCAACGCGCAACGCGUUCGAACACUUACCAGAUCUUGCGAGGGUGAGGGUGGCCCUUGUAGGGCAUGACGCCCUUACGGGGUCGAGGAUAUCGAGUGAGGAACCUCAAACCAUCGAUAUCCUCGUCGAAAUUGAGGGAUCAACACGACCCCUCGAAGAGGCUAUGCAUCGAAUUCGCUCUAAAUAUGCUACAUAUGCACCGGGACACUCCAAACUCUCGCACGGCGGCAGAAGGACGCGGAUUCGUUUUGUGCCGUACAAAUCGGUCCUGCCACCGGACCAGAAUGGUAACGUCGACUUCCCCGCGAAAGGAGACUAUAUACCAAACCUCCAAGGCACAAUCCCUCAAGCCUCAGUUCCAAGAAGAACCUCAACAAGCAUCCAUCGUGAAUAUCAAGAGACGGGAGAGGCAGAAGUUCGCCAGGAAUUUUCGCAGGCUCGGUACCUGGCAGUGGCCACCCCGAAAUCAUCCCUGGCUUCCUCUAUAUCACACGCGCUUACUAUCGCUCCGCUUGCAGAUCCCUCCGUUACCACCACUCCUAUUCACGUCCUAUCUAAUCUCUCUAAGUCCCCGGCCUUUGCCGGUGGCCCCAGUCGUGGCUCCUACCGUGGCUCCUACCGUGGCUCCUACCGUGGCUCCUACCGUGGCUCCUACCGUGGCUCCUACCGUGGCUCCUACCGUGGCUCCUACCGUGGCUCCUACCGUGGCUCCGCCUGUGCAUCUAGCCGUGCGCCUUCUUCCGACUCAGGUCGCACCUCUACACGGACCUCUGCGCCUGCCCUCUCUCCCCCCUUCUACAGAGACAUACUUGUUGCCGCCUUUGUAUUCUCUACUUGUUUAUUUGUAGGGUUUCUACUCAGUCUAAGGAAGAACGGGAAAGGUGUUGAAGACUUGGUGAGCAACCGCGGUGACGUGAUUAUAAAUAUCUCAACUGGGUAG